GUUUAUAUAGUUGCAUGUAGUGGAUCGUAGGAAAGUCCUGCGUUAUGUUCUAUAAUAAUAUGAUUCAGUUUCACUAAGCACUGUUACAAAGUCAGAUUUCCAAAGUGGAUAGGAAUAUCUGAAAUGUGCGUUAACGCACGGAAGUGCGCGGUGUAGAAUGGUAGAGUGAAGUAAAUUAUAAUACGUGCGAAGAGGUGAUAUCAUAGAAAGGCGAUAUGGGUUUCUGAGAGGGAUUUGGAUUGCGCAUGAAGACGGUAGGAAGUGGUAAAAGGGCCAGAAGAUAUAACGCUUACACCCGGCUGUCACGACGCCAUGUUUCUUCAAAACGGUUUACCGAUGUCGAAAACUUCUUUAUUAAUUCUCUGCUGUCUUGUAUUAGUUUCUGCUGGCCUCGAUGACGGGGAAACAGACAAGACAGAAAAUAUUUGGCAAAAGAAUGAAAAAAUUGCUACAUUAGAGAUAACAACAUCUCAAGAUAUAGAUGGAAUUGAAGCAGGCAGUACACCUUCUUUAACAUGUAAACUCAAUGUGCCUGGCCAAGUUUGGUGGACUACCAAAGGGAACAAUCUUACCACAAUUAAAGAUUUUGAACAUGCUGGACGAUUUGAUAUAAAAAAAGCAAGUAGGAACGAUACGGGUGAUUACAAAUGUAUGGCUCGAACUAUUGAAGGAGAACUUCUUGAGAAAGAGAUUCAUAUUAGGGUUAUAGAACCUGGUAAAAUAACAUCGGAUAAAGAUGUCAGGACAAAUGUAUCAGAAUCAGCUAACUUAACUUGUCAUGUAUUUGGCUAUCCACUCUCAAAUUUCAGUUGGUUAAAGGGUAAUGAUACUAAAACCAGUGAAAGUUUGAAAAAUCAUUCGACUGUCACGCAUGUAAAUGAAACCUAUGUAAUAAUGACAUUAGAAUUUAAAAGUCCCUCCCGUAAAGAUAAUGGUACAUAUAUCUGUAAAGCACAAGAUAAUAAUGGCAUAAUAAGUGCCUACAGACAUCUUUUUGUAAUCGAUGUGCCAAAAAUUAACAUUGAUUUUAUAAAAGCUGUUGGUGCUGGAAGUAUCUUUUUAAAUUGGACAGUAGAUGAUGGUAAUGAACCAAUUACAAAUUAUUUAAUUAGACUUAUGAAAAAUGGAACAGAUCAAUUUCUGUAUUAUAAAGAACAAAUUGGUGGAGGUAUUUCAAGUUACGUUUUGAAACAUUUUGAAAAUGGCACAGCAUAUAAAAUUGGAAUUAGUGCUGAUAAUGCUGCUGGUUCAUCUCAUAUACAAUUUUACCCACAUUGGGUAACUACGCUUGAAAAAGAUCCAGUGUUCAUACCAAAAGUUUCUGUUAAUGGUGUCACUGAAAAUUCUAUUACUAUAGCAUGGACUGUACCACCACCACAUCUGAAAGAGCAUGUACAUUUUUACAAUUUAAUGGCAACUCACAAAGAUCAAAAACGACAGGCAGUUUAUCCAGCACAGCAGUUUACUGUAUAUGCAUUUGUAGAUCUUGAUCCAGCUACUACUUACAAAUUUAAAAUCGCAGCUUGCAGUGAAUAUACAAAGCAGUGUGGUAAUUGGAGUACUGAGGUGAAUGGCACAACAUUAGAUGGAGUGUCUAGUCCACCAAAAAAUUUGGUAGUUACGUGUCAAUAUGAUAACAUAAGCAGUUCCAAUUUUAUUUCUAUUUCUUGGGAAACACCAGAGAAAUCAAAUGGUAUUAUAACUCGAUAUAAUCUACAAUUAAGUGGCAUAUCAAAAUUUAAAAAUGAUAUGGGCCGGUUAGAUAUAGACAAGUGGUCUUUACCAGUUAAGAGUAUUUCAAACAAGAAUAGUGUUAGAUAUGGCCAAAUACCAGCAAACACAAACUAUACGGUACAUAUACAUGGUGUGACUAGGUCUCGUUCUUCAGGAAAAGAUGCAAUUGGUAAUUGCACUACUCCAGCUACCAUCCCUGAUAGAGACAGUUUAAAUAUGAGAACAUGGAGAAAAAUUGAAAAUGAGGGUAGACAAUUAUUUAAAUUAUAUUUACCACGUAUUUCUGAGAGAAAUGGCCCGAUAUGUUGUUAUCGAGUAUUCUUAGUGAAAUUAGCACCACAAACGUCUGUUUCUGAUUUACCACCACCUGAGGAAAUAAACGUAUAUUCCUAUAGUUAUGCCCAUAGUUCUCCAACAGGUGCUGCAUAUGCUGCAGAGGCAUUUGACAGUGAUCAAUUAAUGUCUGAAAUUUUUCUCGGCGAUGGAAUAUCUUCUAAUGGUAGUGUUCAAUGUAAUCGAUGUAUUGGUCUUCGAGCUAAAGGACCACCGUCGGUAUUACACUUUGUUCCUGAAACCGAACCUCCAAUACCAACAAUUAAUGGAACAACUACAACUAUAUUCAGUACAGUACCAACAACAACUUCCAUAAGUCCUAAAACCAAAUCAACUAUCAUUGAUCAAAAAAUAGAAUCAACAACUCCAACUACAAUUAUCAAGAAUAGUACAGAAUCAACAGCACGUAAAAAAAGAGAAGAUACAUCAAAUUCUAAAACGAUUUUUAAUGAAAAAUCUUCGGAGUCAUCACCACCUCCAAUACAGGAUGGUUUUUUGGAUGAUAGAUCAAAUUAUACUGGUUUUAUAGAAGUUAUUGUUUUCAGUAGUAAUGAGGAUCGAUUUCUACCUGCUUAUAGUGGUUAUUUUAAUCCUCUUUAUGGAGGAAAAGAUCUACGAAGUAUAACAGCUGAUGAAGUAACUAUGCUUGAAACAAUAUUACAAAUUUCUAUUGUUCUAUUAGUGAUCAUUAUGAUCCCACUUAUUGCACUUUGCAUAUUACAUAAAUAUACUAAACGUGCACAGCAAAGGGGAGAAGAAAUUAUAACUUUAAGGAAUAGUUUCAGGUAUCUUUGUCGAAGUCUUCGUGGGAGGCAUCAGCUUGUAGCUGCAAGUCCACCUGAUAUGCCACCAAUUCCAAAGAAUGAAUUAUUGCAAGCAUAUCUUCAGCGUCAUAGAGAUUCUGAUUAUGGCUUUCAACAUGAAUUUGAAUUAUUGCCUGAUAGAUUUACAGAUCGUACUACGCGUGCUUCUGAGGCUAGAGAAAAUUUAUACAAAAAUCGUUAUCCAGAUAUUAAAUGUUAUGAUCAAACUAGAGUACGACUUGCACAAAUAGAUGGUAUUUAUGGAUCAGAUUAUAUUAAUGCAAACUUUGUUCUUGGUUAUAAAGAACGCAAAAAGUUCAUAUGUGCACAAGGUCCUAUGGAAAAUACAGUAUGCGAUUAUUGGAGAAUGAUUUGGGAACAACAUUUAGAAUUAAUUCUUAUGUUAACUAAUUUGGAGGAAUAUUCUAAAACAAAGUGUGCAAAAUAUUGGCCCGACAAGAGUGAAACAAAAAACUUUGGAGAUAUAACUGUUGAACAUAUUCGUGAAAGAGCGUAUUCUGAUUACGUUGUACGUGAAUUAAAAAUGACACGUCUUGGAGAACGAGACGCUCGUACUAUAGUACAAUAUCAUUUCCUUGUGUGGAAAGAUUUUAUGGCGCCAGAACACCCUCAUGCAAUAUUAAGAUUUAUCAAAAGAGUAAAUGAAGCAUAUUCCUUAGAAAAAGGACCAAUAUUGGUACAUUGUAGUGCAGGUGUUGGUAGAACGGGAACGUUAGUCGCCUUAGAUUCUUUAUUACAGCAAUUAACAGAAGAGGGUCAAGUAUCUAUUUUUAAUACAGUAUGUGAUUUAAGACAUCAACGAAACUUUUUGGUGCAAUCUUUAAAACAGUAUAUCUUUAUUUAUCGUGCAUUAAUGGAAAUGGCACAAUAUGGUGAUACGGAAAUUCCAGCAUCCCAAUUAAAAGCGACUGUUACACGUUUAAGACAGAGAGAUAAUGGUAAAGAAAAAUGUCGAAUGGAAGAGGAAUAUGAUAAAAUUAGUUCUUUAUUAGAAGAUAGAAAAUCUUUCUCUGUUGGAGGAGGUGAAGAAAAUAGAGCAAAGAAUAGAAGCGAAUUAGUGAUACCAUAUGACAGAAAUCGUGUAAUACUUACACCUGUACCAGGCAGAGAACAUUCAACAUAUAUAAAUGCUUCAUUUAUUGAAGGUUAUGAUAAUUUUGAAUCAUUCGUUAUCACACAAGAUCCAUUGGAAACUACUAUAGCUGAUUUUUGGAGAAUGAUUUCAGAACAAUGUAUAUCUACAAUAGUAAUGUUAUCUGACUUGAAUGAAGGACCACGAAAAUGUCCACGAUAUUGGCCCGAUGAUGAAACUACUUAUGAUCAUAUAAGAGUACGAUACAUUCAAAGCGAAAGCUGUCCCUAUUACACUCGACGAGAGUUCUGUGUAUCUAAUACAAAGACAGAUGAAAGUGUAGUUGUAACACAAUAUCAGUAUCAUGGAUGGCCCACAGUAGAGGGUGAAGUACCUGAAGUAACACGAGGUCUAAUUGAACUUGUAAAUCAAACGGAGUCAAGUGGCUCGUUAGUAGUACAUUGCAGUUAUGGUUCGGAUAGAAGUUCGAUGUUUGUGGCAUUGAGCAUAUUAGUGCAACAACUACAAACUGAGAAACGUGUAGAUAUUUUUACAACAACAAAAAAACUCCGUUCUCAGCGGCAUGGCAUGAUCAGUACUUUUGCUCAAUAUGAAUUCUUAUAUCGUGCUAUUAUAAAUUAUUCAGAUCUUCACAAUCUUGCUGAUGGAGAAUCAGUCUCAUAAUAUCGACAAACGUAAGUUGGAACAAGUUAUAGCAUUUCACUUAUCAUGUUUGUUGACAGGAUAUGCAAACUCUAUGCAAACUUUUUGCAAACAAGUGUUUGAAGGUUUAUAAGAGUUGAGAUAAACAUAUAUUCAACCAACCAAAGAACAUCUGCAGAAAUAUUAAUGAACAAACAUAAUAUAAUAUUGAACAUAAAUUUGUGCAUAAGAUAAUUCAAGUUCCAUAAAUAUGGACAUGGAAUUUUGCAUAUUAUAUUCUCAGUUUAGAUACUAGAGAAAUUUUUGCAAACAUUAUCUUUUAACGAAUGGCCAAUAUUGUAUAUUCCUAAACAAGUAGGAUAAUAUUAAAUGCACAAUUAAAAACACGGGCUAUCAGUGAUAUCGAUCAAUGGUUGGUUAUUAAUAUAAAGCUAUCAUAUAUUCAUGAUCAUUUGUAGUAUUAUGUUCAUAUUAAUCACAUGAUCAUUAAACUGUUCUAAAGAACUAAAUUUUAUAAAAUGGAAAUAAUGAUCUUGUUGUCAUUUCUUUUUAAGUAAUAUUGCAAAGUUUAAAGUAUUCAUUUAAUGCCAUAAUAAAUAAAUAACAUACGAAGGUAUAUAUUUACCACCGAUAAAAAAAUGCAAGAUAUAUAAUAACGAAGUAUUAGAACAGUUUUUUUUUCUUUUCGUAUACUUCUACUUGUUAUGUUUUAUUAUAAGAUUAUAUUUUAAUUUCACAUUGAUAAAAAAUCAAUGACAUAAUUAAUGCUCUUCCUGACUCUGUUUACUAAGAUAUAAAUUAUUAUGUUGGAAGCAAGUAUACGUGAGAAUAAUUACAAUAAUUAAUUUAAUUAAUAAUUAAAAAAGGAAUUUUUUUUGUUAAAAUAAAUUCAAUAUCAUCAGGAAUGAAAUAAUAACCAGUGAUAGAUUGAUAUUCAUCAAAUAUGCAUCUUUAUAACGUGAAUAUACAUCAUAAAUUAAUUAUUAUCAUUAUUUUUAUAUAUUACCAUAUUUAUUGUAUUUCUGUUUAAAAGUCCGAUAUUAUAUAUAUAUAUCAUAAUUGAAAAUAAAAAUAAAUUAUGCAUAUUGAUAAAGAUUUUAUGGUGAGUCAGCAGGAGUAUUAAUGAAAAAAUGAAGUGCUUAUAAAAAAUGUGAAGGAAUAAUUGAAAAGAAGGCUAAUGUUUAUAUGUAUUAUUUUUCGCUAACUUUAAUGCUUUAUGUUAUUAAUGCGUUAUUUGACCAGAAAAGAGUAUGUUAUAAAAGUUUAUGAUUUAUUACCACAUUUAGUAUUAUCAUAAUUGUACACACACAUACACAUAGAUACACAUAAAUGUGAAUAUGUUUAUCUCUGGAAACAUAUAUCAUACAUAUAUGCGUAAUGGUACGUGCGACUCACAUGCACUUUUUUCUAAAGAAAGACUGAUACUUUUAUUCAUCCCAAAAUACGCGAUUAAAGUACGUAGUUCGUAUAAUAUUUACAUACAGUUGUGUAAUAAUGUGAAGGAUGAGUUUUUUUACGCUUCAUACAUCAGAAAUUAGGAAUAUCCUAUGUACGCGAUACCCCUUUAUCAGUGUGCAUUCUUCAAUGCACUGUUUAGAGUUAAAUUAACAAGAUUGACAUAAAUAAGAAAAGAAAGAAAAAUUUAAGCGUGAGGAUGAAAAAAAGAAAGAAUAUGUUUUAUUUGUUGGCACGUUCGUUCAUUUCUAGUCAAAUUUAGCACCAAGACGUGCGUUGCUAAAUCAUGCUUUUACGGCAGGAGACAAUCACGUUUAAUUAAAUUUCUCUCAUCGCGUUUAUAUAUAUAUAAUAUAUAUACAUACAUAUAUAUAUAUAUAUAUAUAUUAUAUAUAUUAUAUAUAAUACAUAUAUAUAUAUACAUACAUAUAUAUAUAUAUAUACAUACAUAUAUAUAUAUCAGCAAAGCUUAUUUUUUUCUUUCCUUUUCAUAUUAACUUUCAUUCCAUUCUACGACAAAUAAAUAUCUUCAUUAUAGCGAACUAAUUAUAAUAAUCGAUUCUAUAUAAGUAAUUUGCUAGUAUACAUUUCGUUUAAUUAUAUUAUCAUUUUUAGCAUCUUUAAGAUCUUGUUUUUUAAUCCGUCAAAUACGAGUUCGAGAAGUCGAUUAUUGAAAAUUAUUCGUAAAUUCGUUAAUACACACGGAGACACGUCGUUGACGAAUUAAGAAACCAAACCUAUGUAAAUGAUAAGUAUUCCUGUACACGUAUAUCUGUAUUUAUAUUGUUACCGUCAUUUAUCGUUGUUGCUAUCGUAUCAAUGAAUAGGUGUGAUAAUGGUUCGUUUCAACAGUUCGAAUAUAUCUAGUGUAAACGAGCGCGGUAAAUUUGAACAGAAGAACCGUUUUUACAUUUUAGAUACGAAAUGUAAAUUCUCGAAGGAAAGAUCGAUGAGAAACUCGUGUUGUAAAGUCAACGAUAAAAAAUAUCUUUAACCGAUAUACUGUAUAAAGUUAGAAAGAGAAAAAAGAACAAAAAAUUUAUCUGUCGAUUAACUUCUUAAUUUUAUUCAUUAAAAAGACAUUCAUACAAUUUCAUUAUUAUAUUCGGUUAAUCGUUUAAUUUUAAGUUUUUCAAAUAUUGACAUAAUUACGUAUUUCCCUAUAAAGAUCUAUCAUCGCUAGCGCCACUUUUUUUUUUUUUUUAUAUACUUAUAUAUUUUAUUAUCAUGUUUUAUACGUGUUAAUAAAUUUAAAAUGGUACUUUAAUAAUUGAUUCUUUGAAACUAAUAAUAUAUAUCCGUAAAUAUUUCAACUUCAUUUAUUGGACGCAUUGAAUAAUGAAUAACUCUAAUCUCUAGAUUCAACAAAAAAAAAUAUAUAUAUAUUCUAACUUUUGUUAAGAUCAUUGCCGAUGAAAGCUUGAUAGUACAGCGUCUUAAUGAGUAUCAAAUAAAUAGUAACUUGCUUAUUGUAAUCUUGUUUUCAUUUCUUAAAUAGAUACAUGAAUGUGCAAUUGCACAAUAUAAUCCUAAAAAGGGUGUAACACGAGUGAUGAAAGAACGUGUCGUGUAUGCGUGAUGCCUGUUGUAUGUUAGACGAUUUAUAAGAAUUGAAAACAAGAAAAAAAAAAGGAGACGGCGGUUUAGUAUAUCGUAAACAUCAUUUUAUCUUUAACAAUUUUCAAAUUAAGCCAUCCACACCGUAUUUUUUUCAGGUAAGAAGAAGUACGUUUCUAACGAUUGUUUUUCAUAUAAUUAUCCACAAUUGCUCAUAAUUUAUAAUAAUAAUAUGGCACAAUUUAAAAGAAAAAAAAAGAAAAAGUUAUAUCAUUAUAAUUUCCUAUAUUAACGUAUUAAUUAGCUAAUUCAUCGUUUUGUUCACACAUACACAAACAUACACAUACACAAUGUUUAUAUUAUGAGUUCUCAAUAUUAUUUAAAAUCUGAUAGGUGCUAGUGUUAUUAAAAAUAAUAAUUCAUUAAUUAGUUAAUACUCUCGGUGACUUCGUAAUUAUUAAUAUAACUGGAUUGAAUAUAUAUUGUAGUUAUAAAUGUAAUUAAAUAUUUUAAUGACAUAAUAUAUAACGAACGAAAGGGGAAAACGAUUUCCAUGGAAUCGUGCUUUAAUUAACCGCUAAAACUUCUUAUGCGUUUUCCAGUAAUGUGAAAGACGAUUUCAGGUGCAUACAAGUACACACAUUCCUGUGAUAUUUCAUACGAGAAAAAAAAUAAUGAGUUUCAAGAAAGAUUAAAAAGAAAGGAAAAAAAAACAAAUGAGAAAA